AAAAGCUGAAAGAAGAGGGAAGAUGUCAGGGAGGAGUUUCCUCUUGCAGGUCACCAAGCUGACUCCCCGUGCUCUUCCCACCUUGCCUGAUAUGUCGGGGAGCCAGCCGCCGGCGGGCAGAGGGGCGCCGUGUUCCCGCUGCCGCGGGACCUGCGGGGGCUUCGAGCCGCACUCCUGGAGGAAAAUAUGCAAGUCAUGCAAAUGCAGCCAGGAGGAUCACAGCCUGAGCUCUGACGUGGAAGACGAUCGGAAAAUUGGCCGCCUGUUAUCAGAUUCGAAGUACGCUACGCUCACCGCCAGGGUGAAAGGAGGUGACGGAGUUCGCAUUUACAAAAGAAACCGCAUGAUCAUCACCAAUCCCAUCGUAUCCCGGAAGGACCCGACCUUCGACACCAUCACCUACGAAUGGGCUCCGCCAGGACUGACCCAGAAGCUGGCCAUUCAGUACAUGGAGCUGAUCCCCAAGGAGAUGCAGCCGGUGGCAGGCACGGAGGGCGCGUACUAUCGCCGGCGGCAGCUGAUGAGACAGCUCCCUAUCUAUGACCAGGACCCUUCCCAGUGCCGCGGCCUCGCUGAGGGCGAGGCGAAGCUCAUGGAAGACUUUGUAAAGAAAUACAAAGCCGAUGCUCUGGGUGUUGGCGAGGUCGCGCUCCCUGGGCAGGGCGGCAGCACGAAGGAGGACGGGAAGCAGCAAGACAAAACCCUGGCUGCGAGCAAACCCUCCGAGUCCACCAACGGAGCUGUCGACAGCACGCCCGCGGGAGGGCAGGGUCGCUGCGAGGUGUGCAAGCAGGCGGUGCCGGCGGACUGCCCCGUCGUCUACGCGGACAGGGCCGGCUACGCCCGGCAGUGGCACCCGGCCUGCUUCGUGUGCUGCAAGUGCUCCGAGCCGCUCGUCGACCUCAUCUACUUCUGGGAGAACGGAGCGGUGUGGUGUGGGCGCCACUACUGCGAGAGCCUGCGGCCGCGCUGCGCCGGCUGCGACGAGAUAAUCUUCGCGGAGGACUACCAGCAGGCCGAGGGGAUGAGCUGGCACAAGAAGCACUUCGCCUGCGUGGGGUGCGAGACGCUGCUGACCGGCAAGCCCUUCAGCCUCGACAGCGCCAGCCUGCUGUGUGCCACCUGCAGUAGAAGCAGACAUCCCUGAACCAGAGCCGCUUGGGAAAGCACCCUUGGCUCCCAGAUCCAAGCCAGAAUUGGUGCAGUUUGAGAAGUGGAAGGUUCUUUAAAAAAAAAAAAAAAAAAAUUGUUCUUUAGGCUCAAAUUAGAGCCUGGCUAUUCACUUGCCAGCAGCUAACUACCCCCUUGCAUCCUAUUCGUGUCCGAGGGGUGGGGUGUACGAGGUGCAUCUUACUACGAUCAGGUUUAAACACAAAUUUGGGAUUUUUUUGUUUAAAAUGCAAACCUCUCAGCUUCUCAUAUUUAAGUUCUUGCAAAUUCUCUUAGAAAUAGCACAUCUCAAAGUUAAUUUUUGAUAUACUAAACCUAUGGUGAUGGCCAAUAACAAGGUGUUUUUUGAAAUCCAUACUGGAAGUUUACAUUAAUACAAUGUUGACAAUUGUACUAAAUCAACGAUUUUAAAGAAUUUGGUUAACCAAGCAAUAACUUUCUGAAAGCAGAUGAUAUAAAAUACCUGCAAUAUGUAGCUUUCUCCUUGUAAGUUUACAGUAAUGUAAAAAUAAGUAAAGACUGGCAUACAGAAUGAUUUAUUUAACCUUAGCAAGAUAAAAGCUUUAUAGAUCUACCCCAAUGGCAGACCAGUUAUGGACAGUUGACUAAUUCAACUAAUCUGAGUUGUAGACAUGAAACGGGAAUGCAGACUUUCCGGGCAGCUCCUCCCAGCACCUUGUUGCUGAGUUCUCUCCCUUGCCGCCUCCCUGUUUCAAGUGAGUGUGUUUUAACAGAGAGGCGUUGUGUUCUCGCACUAGUACCGGAGGUAGCUAGCAUUUACAGCAUGGACCUUAUUUCAGCUUGUCUUGACCAGGAAUUUUAUGGAAGACAACACUUCAGCUUGAGUUGUCUCAGGUUUUUCAUGUCUGACAUACUGCAAUGCCAGUUUUCCUGUCUUUUGUUUUUUCCCCUGUAAUGUGUUACUGAUGGUGUCCAAGAAGGAGAAGUGUGUCUCCAUUCCAGAGCCUGCGGAGCGGCUGUUCGCCCCGCCGGUGGCGGCGUGCUCUCCGUUCGCGAGGUAAGAUCGCCGCUGCAUUUCAGACUGAACAGGGACAGCGGCGGCCUAGAAUCAGCACUGAAUCCACUUGUGUUUCCUUCCCCGUGUCAUGCAAUCCUUCUGUUGGUCACAAACUGUCCAACAGUCCAGACUAGUAGAUGUCUGUGCACUUGGUCUUUUUUCUUAUACUAAAUGUCAGUUAUUUGCCAGAAAGAACUGGAAUACUGUUUGUAGCGGUGUAAGGAGCUCACAGCUGCUAAGAUAUUUCUCUUUCCGACAGAAGAUGCUGGCUUCUUGCUUUCAGAGCGUACUCCCUGCUGUGAAUGUUUGCUUAAUUGCUGUAAAAUAGCUCACAAAUGACAGCAUGCAAGUUUGACAGCAGGAUGCACAAAGCAAGCUUCCACCUCUGUCCUUCUGCUCGCGCAGCUGCAUGCAAGCCUCUGCUGUGUGCAGCUUGUUGAAGCCUUGCACCCCGUGGUGACGAUAUCUACCACUAGGAAGGAGUAGGUCCGAGCUGAUCACUGUUUUAGAGUAGGUGAGAUAAAGACUUAGUGUAAAAGAUGCGUCCAAAUGUUUUGUGGGGGUGAGUGUGGGCUGCUCUGGUGGAUGCCUCCAGCCUUCCCACCUCCAUUUGUAUAGUUAAUGUUCCUGGAAAUGCUGAGAGAUCUCAAAAGAGUAGAUGAAACCCUGCCUCCAGAACUAGAGCAGCAACAUGCCGCUCCUGUGGUGCUGAAGGCGGGAGCGAUGGGCACGUGGUGCUCGCGCUCCUGGGCUGUCCGUGGCCCUCGUGUCAGUCUGACCCAUCUCUGGUUAUACAGCAGCUACUUCCAGUGUCUGGGGGCAUUGCUUCUGGAAACUCGGUGGGAUGCUGUAAGACAUCAGAAGAUGCAUAGGCCCCAAGUCACACUAAGGCAUAAUCAAAUUCUCUCUGAGUAGCUUUAGAUACAGGCACUUUGGUUGUUAGCGAAGCAGGGAUGAAGAGCUAAACCCAGUGCUUAGUUUUAUUGCAUCUGUUUUGUUACAAUGGAAACUUCCUAAAACCUUUGUAAUUUUUCUGAAGGCACGAUGUUGUUCUAAACCCUGCUAAGUUAAGGCAGCCAAACAUGCGUAUGCUCAAAGUAAGCAGUGAUGGAAAUAGCCUGCAUCACUUAGGAGACGCUGUUUCGGCAAAGACACUAACAUCCAAACAGCAUUCCUUGCUAGAAAGUCACUGUCCAUUUGUGCAUGCAGCUGGUUGCCUCUCUCAGAGCGAUUUGCCCGCAAGCUAGGUAUACGGAGAUAACCCAUCCAGGAAACGUAUAAACCAAAUGCAAAAAUCAAUAGAACACCGAGUUCUUAAAAGUGAAAAGCUAUUAAGUAACUAACCACCAGGACCACGGAAAACGCAGAUUGCUGCGGUCUUUUCCCCUGGCUGGCCUGGGUUUUGUUCUGCCUUGCCUCGGUUGGCUGCAAAGUGCUUGCAGGGUGUUUGUGCUGAAGUGAAUGCAGAGGAGGGGCGAGCCGGGUCCGUGACCCGAGUCGGGUGUUUCUGCAAUGCUGUGGCUGAACUGGGACGCUGGAAGCCCCGUGCCGGACGCAGCUGGAGCUCUGCGUGGCGCCGGCGGUGCCGGGCAGCUCCCCGUGCCGGCGAGGGCCCUCGGGAGCCCCCGGAGCCCGGCUCGGCCUCCUGGCACUCGCAAUUCGGCGCCGCAAAAAGUGCCCUUUUAAAGUGCUCGGCGCAAAGCGAGCUCCUGGAGCGGGCAGCGGCCGGCGGGGCUGCGGGGGCGCCUGGGCACGGGCACGUUCUGGGCGAGGGCGGCGCUCCCGUGGGUCCGGACCUCGUGGGUCCCGCGGGCUUCUCCUCCCGCAUCUCCCAAAUAAUCGUUAGUGACUCCAAUAACGAACCUGGCAGUGGAACCGGGGCGGGCUGCAUAAGCGCUUAACGAAGCUCUUGGUUUCGGUGUUCGUGCUCUCCGCAGCACUCCUGCGAGCGCCUGGCUCGGCCCCUCCUCGGCGUGCGGGUCGUCUUUGCGUAAACAGUCUGCGCGGGGCCCUUCCUGCAAGGAAGGAUUUGCAGGAUCAGGGUCCCUGCUUUCCAUUUUGAAAUUAUUUUGUUAUCAGCCAUUUUUUUUCUGUUCUGCGGCUGUAAACUUAGCAUGACUGAAUUAAAAUUAUGUAGUUUUCAACUGUAGAAAUGAGUGCAAAGUUAAGCCCAAUGUUUAAACUAUUGGAACGAGAACACAGCUGUUACUGUCCUAAAACUUUUUGCAACUAAAAGUACUUGUCUAAAAUCCUGAAUAUCAACAAUCAACACUUCUUUUUUUUUUUUGAAUAUUCUACGUAAUGCUGCAGAUGCACUCUAGUUUGAUCUCUUACUCUCUAAUUUAGUGCUCUUAAGCUCAUUAAAUCUGGGCUUGCUUUUUCAUCCUCUCCGGACAAUAGCUAUUGAGCUGUUUGCUCUUCACUAUGUCCUGGCGUAAAGUCCAUUUUGCAUAUAAGGAUCAUCUUCAGUCAUAGUGCCUUUGUCAUGGAUUUGUUUUCCUGGGUUGUGAUCACCAUCUACUGCUCUCCUACUACAGAUAGCAUCAGCUUCUUUCUUUUUUUCAGUCCGUUUCCAUAAAUACAAAAAUACUCCAUCACUAAUGGCUUUAUUCAGCUGUUUUGAGUUGAAUGCCAGUGCAGCAUGUUCUAGUUUGGAUUGGGUUUUUGUGAAAUAUAAAUUGUAAUUUUCUUUUAAUGUCCCUGUUUCAGCAUGCACAUGCUUACUUUAAGUCUUUUGGAUCUCUGGCAUCUACCCCAGCUUUCCAGGUAUUUUUGUAGCCUCUAAAAUACUUUCUGCUUAAAAAAACAAAAACAAACCUCAUUGCAAUUAAACAGCUUAGCAAAACGCUGUGCAUUAAAUUAAUGGAUUUAACAGCUCAAACCGUAUGCCAGUCUUUAGUGUCUUUAUUAAAACUGAAAUUCAGUGUGCACAUGUCCCGCAGGUGAAGACAUCACGUUUUAUUUUGCUAGGGUUUAUUGUCUAGAACGAAGGGCUGCUGCAGCUGUGUCCUCGGUGCGCCGCGGUCGCUGCUUUUCAGGGGAGUUUAGAUUUGCAGUGGGGCGCUGCUGGCUCGCGGAGGGCUAGCCGCUGCCUGCGGAAGCUCGCUCUUGUGAAUUGGUAAAAGUCGAGGUGUCUCACGAGGCUGCUGUGUGCGACAGGAGCAGCCGUCUUGUUCCACAGCCGCUUCCAGCCCCUUGUUUCAAAUAAAAACUCCUGUUAAAGAGCAUCGAUCUCGCUGGGCUGCGUGCGCGCCCUCUCCCUGGUACGGGAUGCUCUGAGACCCCGGGGCAACGCCUGGUGCCCGCUCGCCCCGCCAGCCCCUUCACGUUAUUUUCUCACCAGCCUCCAGGAAGGGUCUCGGAGACGUUGCAAGCGCCGCCCCGGCUUGGCCCCGUCGCCGGCGGCUCAGGCCCUUCACGGGGGCUGGCGCUGGGGGGACGAGCCGCGCUGCCGCCCCUCGCCUCGUCCCGGCUGGGGAGGGCUGGGGCCAACUCUCCUCCUCAGCACAGCGUAGGAAAAGUCCUCCUCGCUCGGGUAUUUCUCCAGCGCCCUGGCUUGGCCCUGCUCGGCUGGACUCGGCGUGAUGCUGGCUGUUUACCCGGGGGUAGGCGAGGGCCACGGAAACGGUGUCAUCUCUAGCACAACUCAAUAAUUACCUGGGUGGAAGAGGCCUGUCUUGCUCAAACUUUAAAGAGUUUUAUUAUUGCCCUCAGUUCUUUAUAUAGUGUAAUUUCAGGUUCCUUUAAGUGUCAAAAGUUGGUGGUGUCAGGUGAGAAAAACAUAAACCAAAGGCAGACCGAGGUGGCUGUAUAAACACUGCAGUAGAACUUUCCAAAACCCUCCGGGGGGAAAAUUGAGGGGUGCAAAACCAAGUAUUCAGGAAGUGCUCGUGUUUCACUGAAAGCGUUUGUCUGGAGACCAGACGCAGCCGCCGCCGCCUUAGGGCUCUGCAAAUAACAGCGUUCAUCUGGGUAUGUGUUACUCUAUAGAAAGCAGGGUUACUUAGGCCUCUAUACAUCUAAUUUGAGCUUUUAUUUACUUUUUAAUUCAACCUGUCCAGUCAAAUCACUUAACAAGUAAAUCUCUCCACAAUUA